GAGUUUCACGCUUCAAAGCAUUGGGUCCGAUCCACAGUUAUUAAGUCACGGAGGCGUAAAGUGCUGUACUGUAAAAGAAGUUGGAGAAAUUCUCGAGAGUUGACCAUCUGGCUCUAGUUUUCGCCUAAAUACGUCAACUAAUGUCACUACAGGCUAGUCAUUGGUGUGGUGGUUAGGCACCUCGGGAGCAUCUGUUCUACUCGACGAAAGGAAUUUUACCCGCUAUAAAAUCAAUUCGUGCUGACGAAAACAAAGGCGUAAGCAAGAAGUGGCGUGAUUUCUUACUACGUUAUCUCUAAGGAGCAGAACACAGAAGUGAAAGCUUUGCUGGUUCGUCACAAGUGGCAGUAGAGAAAUAGGACUGAAAUAUGCCCGGCCGUGAUUGCAGUGCGAUGGCAACCGUGUGCGGCAGUCGCGAGAUGAGCCGUCAUCCCGUGUCGUGUGACACGUUCGUCGUGUUGCCGCCGCUGACAGAGCACGGUGGUGUCGUCUUCGGUAAGAACUCGGACCGGCCCCGCGGCGAGGUACAGGAGCUGGUCUACUUCCCCGCCGCUGACCACCCAGCUGGCUCCAAGCUACAGUGUACGUACCUGGAGAUCGACCAGGUGGAGCACACGCAGGCAGUGGUGCUCAGCAAGCCGGCGUGGAUGUGGGGUGCCGAGAUGGGUGCGAACGAGGCGGGCGUGGUCGUCGGCAACGAGGCGGUCUUCACGCUGGUGGACGACGGCAACGAGGAGGAGCGCCUGAUCGGCAUGGAUCUCGUCAGGCUGGCCCUGGAGCGUGCGACGACGGCGGAGGAGGCGGUGGAGGUGGUGACGCGGCUGCUGGAGCGGCACGGGCAGGGCGGGCCCUGCUCGGACUCGGACCCCGGCUUCACCUACCACAACUCCUUCCUGCUGGCCGACCCCACGCAGGCCUGGGUGCUCGAGACCGCCGGCCGCCACUGGGCUGCCAAGAGGUUCACGUCCGGCUUCCGCAACAUCUCGAACGCACUGUCACUGUCUGAUGACUACGACCGCUGCUCGGAGGGCCUGGCGGAUGUGGCGACCUCACUGGGACGGUGGGAGAGCAGUGGCCAGCCACCGUUUGCAGAAGCCUUUGGGUCGAAACCCGGCGAUGGGCGCUACCAGAGGGGGAAGGAGCAGCUGGAGCGCUUCUCCGGCGGCGGCAAGUUUGGCAUCAAGAGCAUGUUCGAGGUGCUGCGCGAUGUGGACGGAGGCAUAUGCCGCCCUGUCACGUGCGCAUUUCCGACUCAGGGCAGCCAGGUUUCUGUGUUGAGUCCGCCCGGCAGCGGGAAGCCGCACUGCCACUGGUUCACCGCAACUCCAGACCCGCGCCACUCCGUGUUCAAGCCGUUCAUCUUUACACCGGCCGUGCGGAUAUCGCGCCUGACCGUCAGUCCUACAUUCGACCCGGACCCGGCAAAGGUAGUGCCACGCUUCCAGACACCCGUCGACCGCGAGCACACGCUGUACCGCCUGCACGCGGCUGUAGCGGCGAAGGCGGCUGGCGGCUGCGAGUGCCCGCCGGUGCUGAAGCUCCUGCGCCAGAUGGAGGACGACUGUGUCGCCGAGGUGGAGGCGUUCGUCGACGGCUUUUCGCACGGGGAGGGUGACCUCUCGGAAGUGGACGACCUGCUCAAGGACUGUGUGGAGACGGAAGUGAAGUUCUACAAGUAA